GCUUUGUCACCUCCCAUGUUCUUCCGGUUCACCCGAGCGGUAGAGCGCAAGCUCGCUGCUGGCUUCUAUGGUCUCGGUCGGCGUGUGGCGACUCGGCCGUGCGCUACGCUCGCUGCAGCCGUCAUCUUCUUCGGCAUCUUCAUCGUGGGGUGGAUCACCUCAUUCGAGUUUGAGUCGGACGGCGCCAAGCUGUACGCGCCGCCCGACUCGCGGGCACAGGACAUCAAGGCGUACAUUGAGGCCAACUAUCGCCAGCCGGAGCGCAUGAUGUACUUGUUGUAUGUUCCUGCCGGUCAAUCGAUUCUGACUACCGCCCGGCUGCAGGCUGUCCGGCGGCUCUACACCGCCACCUACGAGUCGGGCUCGUUCCAGGCCACGUGCUCGCGGGCGUCGCCCUCGGCGCCCUGCGAUGCCAUCUCGGUCGGAUCGUUGUUUGGCUCUCCGUUGCCGUCGGCGUAUGAUGCGCUGCUGGCCCUCAGCGAGCCGGCCCGGCUCGCCCGGCUCACCUCCAUCGAGCAGAGCCUCGGCGGCGCACCGGCGCUGAGCACCCUCCUCGGCGGCGUCGUCCGCGCCGCCAAUGGCACCAUCCUCUCGGCCCGCGCACUCAAGAUCACUUAUGCCGUUUACGAGUCGACGCCCGAUGCCACGUUCAAGACCUUUAUCAACGCGCCGACUCCGGCUGGCCUCGACUUUGUUGUCACCCGUAGAACCGACCGCUCGGUCUCGUUUGAGGUCGAGUCCGCCGUCUCGGGUGACAUCGUCCUCGUUGCCGUCGGCAUCUUCCUCAUGAUUGCGUUUACUCUUUUGGCGCUUGGCAAGCUGUCUAAGAUCCGCUCGCGCGGCCUGCUCGGCCUCGCCGCCGUCUUCAACGUCAUCCUCUCGAUGGUCUCGGGCUUUGGUGCCUGCCUCCUACUCGGCAUCAAGUACGCCACCAUCAACAACAUGCUCAUCUUCCUCCUUGCCGGCAUUGGCGUCGAUGACGCCUUUAUUCUUGUCGGUGCGGUCGACGAUGUGCGCCGUGCCGCCCAAGUCCGCGGCAUCCGCCUCUCGCCCACCGAGCGCGUCGCCCGCGCCCUUCGCACAGCAGGCAUCACCAUCACCACCACCUCGCUCACCGACCUCCUUGCCUUUGCCCUCGGCUCCAUCUCACCCAUCCCGGCCAUCUCCAUCUUUUGCUCCUACGCCUGCGUCGCCAUUGCCUUUGACUGGGUCCUGCAGAUCACCUUUUUCGUCGCCUGCAUUGCUCUCGACGAGCGGCGCAUCGACGCAGGCCGCUGGGACUGGUGCCCGUGCGCCCGGACUCCGUCGGCUCAAGUCGCUCACGACGGUUACAACGAUCCCGUGGACGAGCUCGCUGCUCAUGGCGACCCAGGCAUUGGUAUGCACUCGCUCGCGCUCUCAGAGCAGCAAGAGUCGACCUCGUCGUCGUCCUCGUCGUCAUCGUCGUCGCCAUCUUCGUCGUCGUCGUCGUCGUCCUUGCCGCGUCCGCCGUCCUCCUCGUCGUCGAGCGCCGGCAAACAACAACAAGAGUCGAGCCCGCCAGUGAGCAGCUCGGACGACUCGCCGGCUGCAUCGUCUACCUCAUCUUCCUCGGCCUCGGCCUCGUCGGGCAUCUCGCCGCUGAACCCGCCCGCGACAGGCCUAUCGCCGCUUCCUUCUCUCCCGGCCACCGACAAGGCUGAGUUUGACCAUGCAUCUGACGACUCGUCUGCCGCCGACGAUCCGGGCCUCAUCUCCAAGUUUAUGGACCGCGUGUACACGCCGGCUAUCACCUCGCGUACUAUCGGCGUCGCAAUUUUGCUCAUCUUCCUCGGCUGGUUCAUCUUCUCAGUCUUUGCCGCCACCCAAGUCAAGGAAGGACUCGACUUUCGGCUCCUUGUGCCCGACGGCUCGUACAUGCUCGAGGCGUUUGACGCCGAUGAGGCCUUUUUCGCUGAUGGCUUCCGCGUCGAGUUCUACGCCACCGAGCCGCGCCCUUGGCAUGAUCCGAGCGUGUGGCGCCAACUGAUGGCGCUCCGCGCGAGCCUCCUUGCGUCGCCAUGGAUCCUCGGCGACUACGGCUCGUGGAUGCCACGAUUUGAGGCCUUUGCUGCAUCGUCGCCGCUGUACUCGGGCUCGCUCGAUCCGGCAACGGGCAUUCCUAUCCCGCAAGGCGCAUUCUACGCCGCGCUCGCCGACUUUGUGGACACCAACUCGCUGGAGCGCGACAUCCUGCUCACCACCAACAACGCAUCGCUCCACUCUUUCCGCUUUGCGCUCACGGCACGCUCCGUUUUUGACACUGCCGACGACAAGGCGUCGAUGCGCGCCAUGCGCCGCGCCUGCGACGACGCCAGCCUCGGCAUCCUGCCGUACCACCCGCGACACAUCUUUACCGAGCAGUACGAGGUUGUGGUGCCAGGCGUCGUCCUCAACCUCAUUCUCGCCGCCGUCGCCGUCGCCAUUGUCCUCCCGAUCAUGGUCAAGCACCCGAUCACCGCCGCCGUCGUCCUUGUCAUGGUCGGCCUCGUCGACAUCGGUCUCUUUGCCGUCAUGUACAUUGCCGACAUCCAGGUCAACUCAGUCUCGCUCAUCAAUCUUGUCGUCUCCAUCGGCGCUGCCGUCGACUACUCGGCCCAUGUUGGUCACGCCUUCAUGGUCCUCCCAGGUAACGUCGACCGGCUGCAGCGGACCACGUUUGCCCUCACUCACAUCGGCAAGUCGGUCUUCUUUGGCGCUGUCUCGUCCAUCAUCGGCAUCCUCCCACUCGCGCUCUCCAACGACGACGACAACGACGACAACGAGUGA